AAGAGUCUCAUAGCAUAAUGGGCAUCGGUCUGUACAUGUUAUGCAGGAGUGAAUCAUCAAAAUACUGUCUUUAUUUUUGUUACUUUGAGCCGUCCCAUGUAAAAUUUCUUCUUUGGACACGGAUGUCUGUUUGUUGAAUGGUGUUGAAUGACUCGCCGAAUCCGGGAUAAUAUGGACCAUGGCAUCAGCUCCUGACAAAACAGUUUGUCGACUCAUCCUCCUCGGGGCAAGAAUAUUCUGCGACUCCAUCACGCCCACACGCCAAGAAGUAUUAAUUAAGUGAUUUUCACUCAAUAGUGGAAUACACCAGAGCAGCUGAGUAAAGAAAAUGCUCUUCCGGUAGGAUGAUCAAGAGUCAGGAUCAAGAUGAGUUUGUUGCGGUCCGAGUUCAGGACCCCCGUGUCCAAAACGAGGGUUCCUGGAACUCCUAUGUUGACUUCAAAAUAUUCCUCCAUACCAACAGCAAGGCCUUUACAGCAAAGACUUCCUGUGUGCGGCGCAGAUACAGCGAGUUUGUGUGGCUGCGAAAGAAGUUGCAGAAGAACGCUGGCCUGGUCCCUGUUCCGGAUCUGCCCAGCAAGUCCUUCUUCUCGUUUAAUAAUGAGGACUUCAUCGAGAGGAGGAGGAAAGGCCUGCAGGGCUUCCUGGACAAGGUUGUGCACUUGACCGUCUGCCUGUCGGACAGUCAGCUGCACUUGUUCCUGCAGACGCAGCUGCCAGUCAGCCACAUCCAGGACUGUGUCAUGGGCCUGACGCCUUACACUGUCAUGGACGCCAUCUUGACCUACGCCUCGUCCAAUCAGGGCUGGGCUCAGGCUCAGGAGGAGGAGUCAGAUGCCACCCAGGAGCAGUGCCCAUCUGUUCCUUAUGAGUCCAUGGAGAGCCCCUCUCCUCAUGUGCCAUCCUCUCAGCAUGGAGACCAGGCUCCUGUUCCUGCGGACAGUCAGGAAGACGGCGAUGCCACAGCUGAUUCCGUGACCGUGGACGUCCACCAAGUGAACUUAGUUGAACUAACGGUCGGCGAGACUGAGAAAGAGACGCAGGUGGACACCGCAGCUGACCCUUCCAUUGAAGGUCAGGUAGAAACUUUAGUGGAUCUCCAACCGCAAGGUGUAGACUUGGAAAUUGUCAACCAAGUCGACGCUGUCAAAGAGGAGGAGAAGGCAGAAGUCACCAAGAGAGCAGAGGAGAAUGGAACAGCCGUUGAACAGCUGUUAGCCGUUGACAAAGUGGAGGAACUUUUGGCAGAGGUUGGACUUGUUGAACAGACUGUGACACAUUCAGAUGAAGAGAACACCUCAGACGUGGUUCUGGAGGAGACUGUUGAAAUUCCAGAAAGUACUGUAGUGGAGGAGCGAAACGAGGAGGAGAAGGAGAAAGCGACCACUGUUCACCCAAUGAAUGUAGAACUUUCGGGGGAGCAGGUAGAGAGCGCUUCCAAUCACUCCUCAGAAAACGACACUUUAGUUUUAGAGUUGGCUGUCGGACCACAGAGUCUUGAAGAGCCGAGCCUCAAAAGUGGUGCCUGUGAAAACAAGAGUUCACAGGAUUUUAGAGAAACGUGCACAGUGAAGGGACAAAAUGAGGAGCAGAGCCAGAGUGAGGAGAGUGAGAUGCAUCCAGCAGCUCCUGUGGAGAGGAUGAUCCCUGCUGCUCUUGUAGACGAGAACUUGUCUGUGGAACUGGUUGAGGAGCAGGAAGAGCUGGAAACAGAGAAGAAGGCUGAGGAAGAGAAGGCCGAGACGGAAGAGAGUGAGAAGGAAGAAGAAGAGAAAGGGAAGGAAGCGGAGAUGGAGGAAAACAACCUGCAGACUGUUCACCUGCCAGUACAGACGGCUGUAGAUGAGAGAACGUCUGCAGAAAAAGCUGAAGAGGAGGAGGAAGAGGAGGCUGAGCGGGAGAAGGAUGAGGAGAAAGAGAAUGAGAAGGAAGAGAAAGAUGAAGUAGAAGAUGCUGCUGCUGAUGAUGAGGAGGUGACUCUGCAGACUGCCCCCCUCCAAAAUCAGGAGAACCCGGACCAGGAAGAAGACCAUCACCAUGACGACGACGUUGACGACAUCAAGACCAACGGCGUGACCAAUGGAGUGUUCAACGGUUGUCACAGCAGUGACAACUCCGCAGCCUCGAGUGCCAUCGAAGAGUCCGUAGAGGAGGAAGUUCCAGACAGUGAUCUCAUUGAGGAAGUAGGCAAAGCCAUCAGCGCCAUGGCGACGGAGACCACAGUGCCAGGCAACACUGUGGAAUCAGGAAACGCUGAAGAACAUCAUGCAGAUGAAGGAGAGCCCAUCGCGGAGGACUGCUGUGACCUCAAAGGUCAAAACUGCCAAGGUCAGGUCACCGGACAGCCUUGCUCUGACCCUUCUGUUGUGCUGGAGAACAUUCAAGGAGACCCCAGCCCUGGAAUUGCCUCUCAAGAGCCAGACGUCAGUCUCUAGUCUAGUUGAUCAUAUGACCUCAGCACGUCACGAGUCAUCAUUCAUCCUGUGCAAAGGGGGAUGUUGGGUAGAUCGUCAUUCACCAGA